AUGGCACGUUCUCCAGACAAGAUAAAAAGCAUCGAUGGCUCAAAAGAAACUCUUAAACUUAGUGUGAGGAUCAGUGAUCUAUGGUUUAUUGACACGCCUAACAAAUCUGAGCAAGCUGAGAUGGUGUUUGUGGACUCCGACGGUGAUGAGAUCCACGCUUACAGAGUGUGUGAUCACCAAUUUAAAUUGGUGUUUAUUGGGGUUACUGUUGUGAGGGAGUGUGUUCUAGAGGACAUCCCUUUUAGAAAAUACAGGUUUGCUGGAUUUGCGGAUGUUGUGGCUGGCCAGUUUGAACCUAGGCUAUUGGUUGAUGUUAUUGGUGUUGUGGAGGAGGUUGUCUUUCACCAAGUUUCAGGAAAAGGUAGAAGGGUAGUCUUUAAACUAAAGGACUUGAGCCAGCAAUUGCUAUCUUGCACUUUGUGGGAUGAUUAUUGCUUGCAAUUUUUAAAGUUCUUAGAUGAUUAUGAAGGUGAUGGCCCAAUUAGAGUUCUAUUGACCCAUGGUAGAAUAAAGGAAGCUCAGGGAUCUUAUCCCCCAUCGGUCAGCAAUUCUUUCAAGGCUUCAAAGUUAAUUAUUAACCAACCCGUGAUGGAGAUUCAAGAAUUCAAUGAACGGCUUGCAGAGUUGGGCAUUGAGGCCCGAUCAGGUUUUAAAUCCCAUGGUGAAGGGAGUACACAACUUUCAGGUUCUAUCCAAUUAUCAUCAAAGGAAUCAUUCUUUGGGAAGGCUGAGGCAAAGACUAUUGCUGACAUUAAUACCAUCUCUGAAGAUGGUGAUGUUGAUUUGAAUGUUUCACCCCAAACACUUGAUAAGCUGCUGGGUUAUGAACUUGCUUUCAAGAUAAAGGUGCAACCCAAGUUCAGGAAUUCUGCUGUUUUGAAGUGUUCAGCUGACUCAAGCUUAAUAAAUGUUGUGAUGGAUAUGCUAGCUGAUGCUGAGCAAUCCCUGUCUGUGAUAGCAAACCAUGAUCCACUGCUUGGACUUCCCUUGACGCCUACAAAGCGACAGUCAUUUCAAGAUUGUGAUGAUGAAGCAGGGACCUCUCAAAUUUCACUUGCACAUCUUUCAUCCAACAAAUUAAAGAAACAUGGCGCAAUUUAG